GAUCUCUGUUCACUGCAACCUCUGCCUCCCGGGUUCAGCUUCAAAUGUGUUCCGGAGUGGGGACCGGGCGGCUGAACCUCGCUGGUGGCAGAGAGGCUCCCCUGCAGCUUCGGGGCUCCACGUGGAUCCGAUGGGGCCGCUGGGGACCUGGGGGGUCCCCCUCCUCCCCCUCCUCCUCCUGCUGUCCAAGCAGGGCGCUGCCUGCAGAACCAGCGAGUGCUGUUUUCAAGACCCGCCGUAUCCCGAUGCAGACGCAGGCUCAGCCUCCGGCCCCAGGAACCUGAGCUGCUAUCGGAUACCCAGCGCUGGUUAUGAGUGCUCCUGGCAGUAUGAGGGUCCCACGGCUGGGGUCAGCCACUUCCUGAGGUGCUGCCUUAGCUCCGGGCGCUGUUGCUACUUUGCCGCAGGCUCAGCCACCUGGCUACGGUUCUCCGACCAGGCCAGGGUGCCUGUGCUCUGCACCGUUACACUCUGGGUGGAAUCCUGGGCCAGGAACCAGACAGAGAAGUCUCCUAAUGUGACCCUACAGCUCUACAGCUCAGUUAGAUACGAGCCUCCUCUGGGCGACAUCAGGGUGUCCAAGUCGGCCAGGCAGCUGCGCCUGGAGUGGGAGACCCCGGCCAAGCAGGUUCGUGCCGAGGUGCAGUUCCGGCACCGGACACACAGCAGCCCGUGGAAGUUGGUGAGUUUGUUUCCCAAGUCCAUGGUGGGCACGGAGUCCUGCCUCUGCCCCCUGGAGGUGAAUGUGGCCCAGGAAUUCCAGCUCCGACGACGGCACUGGGAGAACCAGCAAAGUUUGUGGAGCAAGUGGAGCAGCCCUGUGUGCAUUCCCCCCGAAAACCCCCCACCACCUCAGGUGAGGUUCUCGGUGGAGCAGCUGGGCCGGGAUGGCAGGAGGCGGCUGACCCUCAAAGAGCAGGUAACGGGGCUAGGCUGCGGAGGCAGAGGGGCGGCCACUGUCUCCAUAGGCCCCUCCCAUCUCCUUCCAGAACCAGGGGCUCUGAACAUCAGUGUCGGAACCAGUGGGACCACCCUGUACUGGCCCGCCCGGGCUCACAGGAUGACCUACUGCAUCGAGUGGCAGCCUGUGGGCCAGCAUGGGAGCCUUGCCAACUGCAACCUGACUGCGCCGCAGGACCCGGAUCUGGCUGGAAUGGCAACAUACAGCUGGAGUCGAGAGUUUGGGGCAAUGGAGCAGGAAAAAUGUUACUACAUUACCGUCAUGGCCUCUGCGCGCCCAGAGAAGCUCACCUUGUGGUCUACGGUUCUGUCUGCCUACCACUUUGGAGGCAAUGCCUCAACGGCUGGGAUGCCGCCCCACGUCUCGGUGAAGAAUCACAGCUCGGACUCGGUGUCUGUGGACUGGGCGCCAUCCCUGCUGAGCACCUGUCCCGGCGUCCUGAAGCAGUAUGUCAUCCGCUGCCGAGAUGAAGACAGCAACCAGGUGUCAGAGCAGCCCGUGCAGCCCACAGAGACCCAGGUUACCCUCCGCGGCCUGCGGGCCGGCGUGGCCUACACGGUGCAGGUGCGAGCGGACACCGCGUGGCUGAGGGGGGCCUGGAGCCAGCCCCAGCGCUUCAGCAUCGAAGUGCAGGGCUCUGAUUGGUUCAUCUUCUUCGCCUCCCUGGGGAGCUUCCUGAGCAUCCUUCUCGUGGGCGUCCUCGGCUACCUCGGCCUGAACAGAGCCGCACGGCACCUGUGCCCACCCCUGCCCACACCCUGUGCCAGCUCCGCCAUUGAGUUUACUGGAGGGAAGGAGACUUGGCAGUGUAUCAACCCGAUGGACUUCCAGGAAGAGGCAUCCUUGCAGGAGGCCUUGGUGGUGGAGCUGUCCUGGGACAAAGGCGAGGGCACUGAAGCUCUCGAGAAGACAGAGCAACCUGAGGGUACCCCUGAGCUGGUCCUGGAUGCAGAGCUGUCCUUGGAGGAUGGUGACAGGUGUAAGGCCAAGUUCCUGGGGCUCAGUGAGCCGGAUGGUCAGAGGUGUACCCCUGCCCAGGUGGGGGCUAGACACCCAUUGCUCCUGGGAGAUCCGGGCCUGGAGGCCUGAGGGAGAAACGGGAACGUCCCCUUGGUCUUACAGACAGGAAGAGCGACUAUCUCAAUCACGACGACUGGUUAUUAAGUGCUCAUGGCAUACCCAGCCCAUGCCAUCCACUCAUGAUUCCCACCAAAUCCCCACAGUCACCUCUUGCAAGGAACCAUGGCGGUUCUAUUUCGCAGAUGUGAUCCCUGAGGCUCCAAGAGGGUGAGUGACUCGCCUGAGGCUGCGCAGCACCCACAGGAGUCCAAUUUGGACCCAGAUAACCCAGAGCUCCUCCAGGCUCCAGUGCGCCUGCCUCCUGUCUUCCCUGCACCUGUCGUCACACACCCGGAGGGGGCAACCCUAGAAGCUGCCGUGAAAUGGAAGCGGCUGCACCCUGCUGGACCUGGCAUCCGUGGGGCAGGAGCAGACCCUGCCAUUGACCUGUUCUGGAGUAGAACAGACUGGGAAUGGGGGCAAAGCAGGCUGAGAUGGAUCCUGGGGGCACUGGAUGGGGAGUCUGGACUCAAGGGCUCCCUGCAGCACUGAGGGUCUUGAAGCUUGGAGGAUCCAGGCAUGUGGGAGAAGGGGCUGUAAACAUUGUGGGGAAGAGGAUGGUCCUCCCAUCCCAACCCCACCCCCCUAUGAAAUGGGGGUGAUGAUAAUGAGCUUACAGAGCUGUUCAAAAUCAUCCUAAAUGAGUCUCCUCUUAGGUGCUUUUUUCCAGUUGAGGCUUGAAUGUCCUGCUCAAAAUCUCCAAAUAGGAGCCUGGGAAUUCA